AUGGAGAAAUACGGACUGAGUGCACUGCUGCCACUCAUAAGGCGCGAGGAUCAAUCACCAGAUUACGACUCCUCAAUGACAUUGGGAAUUGACCUUUCCCCAGUACUGCAUUCCCUUGGCAUCCCAAAUAACCAGCCGUCAAGAAACCGCGUUCUCGACACGUUUCAGUCUCCAUGGGUUGAAACCUCGAGAAGUGAAGUAGAACCAAAGUUCUUCGUCCCAGAGUCAUUCAAGAACAUCCCUAACGUCCUGCAAUCCGGCGAGAGGCCCCCGGCGUUCAACUCGGUGCAGCAAGACCACGCGAAAAUCUCACUUUUCCAAGACGAAACGUUGUUUUACCUGUUUUAUAAACAUCCAGGUAGUGUUGUACAGGAGUUGACUUACUUGGAACUACGCAAACGCAACUGGAGAUACCACAAGACGCUGAAAGUAUGGCUCACGAAAGACCCGAUGAUGGAGCCGGUGGUAGCGCCCGGCGGCGCUAGCGAACGUGGUUCGUACGUUUUCUUCGAUCCUCAACGGUGGGAGAAGUGCCAGCGGGACUUCGUGCUUUUCUACAACGCGAUAAUGUGA